AUGAGGGUCCCGCUUCUUCACCUCUCCACUGCCUCUGGCUCCUGGUCUCUGGUGAAGCUGCUGCUGCCGCUACUGAUGGUGCAACUCUGGGCGGCGCAGGCUCUGCUGCUCCCGGGAAACGCCACGCGCGUGGACCUCGAGGCCUCCGGCGCCCAGUGCGAGCGUGACUAUCAUCCCUGGCAGGUCUCCCUCUUCCAUAACCUCCAGUUCCAAUGUGCGGGUGUUCUGGUGGACCAGAACUGGGUGCUCACAGCCGCACAUUGCUGGAGAAAUAAGCCACUGAGGGCUCGAGUUGGCGAUGACCACUUGCUGCUUUUCCAGAAGGAGCAACUGCGGUCCACGAGUUCUCCUGUUUUCCAUCCCAAGUAUCAGGCUUGCUCAGGCCCCAUCCUGCCGCAUCGCUCAGAUGAACACGACCUCAUGAUGCUGAAACUGAGCAGUCCCGUAAUGCUGACGUCCAACGUGCAUCCCGUGCAACUGCCCUUCCGCUGCUCUCAGCCAGGGCAAGAGUGUCAGGUCUCAGGCUGGGGGACCUCAGCCAGCCGAAGAGUGAAGUACAAUAGGAGCCUGAGCUGUUCCAAGGUAACUCUCCUUAGCCAGAAGCAGUGUGAGACCUUCUACCCAGGUGUGAUCACCAACAGCAUGAUUUGUGCUGAGGCAGACGGAAACCAAGAUUCUUGCCAGAGUGACUCCGGUGGCCCCCUGGUGUGUGAUGACACCCUGCAUGGCGUCCUCUCGUGGGGCAUUUACCCAUGUGGUGCUGCCCAGCACCCAUCUGUCUACUCAGAGAUCUGCAAAUACACCCCCUGGAUCCGAAGAGUCAUUCGUUUCAAAUGA